ACUUCAUGAUGCUGGAUGGUCUCUGAGACAGAUAUGACAGGUGGUCUAAUGAAUUUGUUAAGCACUGUAUGCCAUCUGAGGUCUGCCAUCCAAAAUAAUACAACGUACAUUUAUUGUAUUGUUUUCAGAAAAUGAGAAUCCAGAUGGCGAAAGGUUACAGCUGAAGGACGGGUUGAGCCAAUGUCAUCACAGGUCAUUACCCCUUCAUAUUACUGUGGUGCCAACAUUGCAGUCAAUAUGAUGCCAUAUUAACACUAUGUAUGCAACAUAUUGAGCGGGCGCUAUACAUUUAGCCUGCUGAUUUUAUUUGUUACACCCUAUUGUCAUGUAUGUCACAGCCUGAACUAUAUUUUAGAGCUACACUAUCAAACUGCGUAUGGGAAUGCUGAGAUGGUCAUUUGAUGUCAUAAGGGAAGUUCAGUAUAAUGGCUCUGAGCCCAUUUGUUCUGUUUAUCAAUGCUUGUCAUUGAUUUCUCUGUCAGUUCCUCUCACCAAUAUCAUGGCAUUGAUUGUUUCCCAGUGUUUGUGAGAGUCGCGUGGCAACAUGCAAGCUGCAGGCCAGUCCACUGCCCUGUGCCACAGUGGAGAGUUCAACAUUGACAUCCGAAUGAAAGACGUGUAUUUGUUCUGCCUAACUAUGAGCUGUGAUGGAGGAGUGUGAGUUUUUUUGUCCUAAAAGUGUCCUGAAGACUGGAUAUUUGAACCAUGGCGUCCUAGAUUUUAAGGCAGAGAAGGAUCUGACACUCAGGUAUGUUGAAUGUAUCCAUUUCUCAAAGCAGCAUGGCUUGAUGGAAGAUUAGCAAGAGUAGAGGGAUGUUUCUACAUUUCAGCUGCUGCCUUCCCUCUGCAGUUAUACCGUGUCUAGAGUUGAGGCUAUCGGGCAUUUGGGAGGGGCACAGCCAGACUUGCAUUCUGGGACAUCAGAGCAGAGAGGAAUUUGAUAUGGGAGGGCACAAAAUAUUAAACGUCACUGGUGGGGGUUCCAUUUUUGCAUUCAUACAAAGACUUCUCACAUCAAAUAUGGCAAAAAUGCCCCAUAAAGGACUAGAAAAAGACAGCAUAAGGAGCCCAGUAAUAUAUCAAGCAGUGAUACUGAUGACUGAAAUAGUUGUAGAAAUUAAGGUGAGCCAAAUGUCUUUAUAAAAAUGUGCAAACCUGUGUAAACAAAGAUUGCUUUGUAAUAGCUUGACUAUCAGUAAAAAUAUGUUUCUACAAUCACUUGUAGGCCAGCAGAGCUUCAUGUCUGACUCAGACCUUGGGAAGAGUGGACCUGCCAGCAUGGGCCCUGAAUGCCGCUCUCCCCCGACUCAGAGGAUGGAGCUGCUCAGCCCCUCCAAGGUGAAGGACCGCUCUCAGAACGUCACAGAGAAAGUCACGCAGGUACUUUCUUUGGAGUCUGAUGUACUGCCUGAAUACAAACUCCAGGUGCCUGAGACGACAUGGUGGAUCUUGCUUCACUACAGCCCCUUCAAGGCAUUUUGGGACUGGAUUAUUCUCCUUCUGGUCCUCUACACAGCAGUUUUCACCCCUUAUUCAGCUGCCUUUCUCUUGGACGAACAUGGGGACUUACGUCAAAGGAGUUGUGGGUACACAUGUAACCCUCUGAAUGUGGCGGACCUCAUGGUGGAUGUGCUAUUCAUUGUGGAUAUAAUCAUCAACCUACGUACAACUUACGUUGACCAAAACGAUGAGGUGGUCACACAGCCGGCCCGGAUCGCCAAGCACUAUAUCAAAGGCUGGUUCCCCAUUGAUCUGUUUGCAGCAAUCCCUUUUGACCUCCUCAUUUUCAGAUCUGGCUCUGAUGAGAUGGCGACCCUAACAAGUCUGCUGAAAACAGCUCGGUUGCUACGAUUGGUCCGAGUGGCAAGAAAGCUGGACAGAUAUUCUGAAUAUGGAGCCGCUGUUCUCUUCUUGCUGAUGUGCACGUUUGUGCUCAUUGCACAUUGGCUUGCCUGCAUUUGGUAUGCCAUUGGCUUUGUGGAGAGGCCAUACACAGAGACUGGCUGGCUCGACAACCUGGCUGAACAACUUGGCAAAACAUACAAUGACAGUGAUUCCAGCUCUGGCCCAUCAGUCAAAGACAAGUAUGUCACUGCUCUCUAUUUCACCUUGAGCAGUUUGACAAGUGUUGGCUUUGGGAAUGUCUCUCCGAACACCAACUCAGAGAAGAUCUUUUCUAUCUGCGUCAUGGUCAUUGGCUCUCUCAUGUAUGCCAGCAUAUUUGGGAAUGUGUCAGCUAUCAUCCAGCGACUUUACUCAGGAACAACCCGCUACCACACCCAGAUGCUGAGAGUCAAAGAGUUCAUUCGAUUCCACCAAAUCCCAGGUAGCCUUCGCCAACGGUUGGAGGAGUACUUUCAGCAUGCCUGGUCCUACACAAAUGGCAUUGACAUGAAUGCUGUCUUGAAAGGAUUUCCAGAAUCACUACAGGCAGACAUCUGUCUUCACUUGAACAGAUCAUUACUACAGAACUGCAAGGCUUUCCAAGGUGGCAGUCAGGCCUGUCUGCGUGCCUUGGGAAUGAGAUUCAAGACAGUCCAUGCUCCUCCGGGAGAUACUCUUAUCCACUAUGGAGAUAUCCUUGACUCGCUCUUCUUCAUCACUCGUGGUUCCAUUCAGGUCAUCAGAGAUGACGUUGUGGUUGCCAUAUUGGAAAGGAAUGACAUUUUUGGGGAGACUAUCCAUCUGUACGAUGAACCAGGAAAGUCCAAUGCAGAUGUCUACACCAUCACCUACUGUGACUUGCACCGCAUUCUGAGGGAGGACUUGCUAGAGGUCUUGGACAUCUACCCCAGCUUUGCAGACAACUUCUGGAGAAACCUGGAGAUAACGGUUGACCUGAGAGAUGCUGAACAAAUACCACCAAUAAUUACCUCUGAUGAUUCUGGUGAUGACUGUGGGUGUUGUCACAGGCCAAGACACAGAAACCAUGCCAUGGACUGCCGAAUCAAGCCAGAUGGAAUGGAUCAUGAAGGCCCCUACCCUCGCCAAUCCUACCAUCAUCAUCAUCACUCAACAAAUCAGGCCCACUGGGAUGACCACUGUAGCUGUGGAUCCCAAUGUUCCCAGUCAAGUGAAGACCUGGCUAAACCUCUUGCGCACGGUGCCAGAGUAGAGCUCUACCCUUCCGAAGAUAUUAGACGGGACUACUCCCCCUCUGUAGUGCAGCUUCUACCCUCUACUGGCAGCACAGUGGGCAGGGAGCCAAUGAUGGACCAUGGCCACCAAGCUUCAUCUUUAAAUGUUCCGGGAAUGUAUCAAUACUGGCCAGACCGACACUCACAACAGUUUCCCAGUCGUUCCUGGCGGUCUUCUUCAGUUCGCAACUCAUACCACCCACCACCCUUCCCAGAAGACCGGCCCAGUGAGUUGGAGUCUCGACUUGAAGUCUUACAUUCACAACUCAACAGACUUGAGACUCGUAUGACAGCAGACAUCAAUGUUAUUCUCCAGCUUCUACAAAGGCAGAUAGCUCCUGUACCUCCUGCCUACAGCACUGUAUCAUCUAGUACCCUAUCUGCAGACUCAUCUGGUUUGUACGGGACUGGGACAUCCGUGAUGCACAAUGUGUACCCUGUUUCCCCAGUGCAGAUUGAGAGUCGGGCACCCACACAGACCUCUACUCAGACUGACCUGAAGUCCAGCAAGAAGUCCCAAGAGUCACUGUCAAGUGGAGUCCAUGUGACUGUGGCAUCAGAUGACACUACAUUUAUGACCACCACUCCAGAAACUGAGACCCAUACAGGGUUGACUCCUCCACCCUCCCAACCAUCAGUCAACUCCUCUUUAAUGGAAAACCCAAGUCUGAAUGGCAAACUACGCUACCCAUCACUGCCAGGAAACCUGGACAACACAUCAGGACCGAAUGAGAUCCAGAAACACCUCUCAGACCCUGUACUUCUGUCACCUGAACAUCCUCGAUAAAAAAGAAUUCCUCGGCAGCCAGUGUGACUUUAAAAGUAGUCGUAAAGUGCUACUUACAGACGUUGGGAAAGAUGCAUAUGACUUAUCAGUAAUCUGUAUACACUUCAGCUGGGUGAACACUGCAAUUUCAAGCCAAUUCUGACGCUGUAUUGAGUCAAACAACUGGUUUUCACAUGGAGGCUGAUUUCAGCUUGAUAGUGCAGGUACAACAGCUUUUAUUGCUGCUCCGGUUAAGUCGGGAAAUUUCUGGCAUGUUUGAUGUUUUGGUUUUACAGAUUCAUACGGCCACACAAUAAGCACUGUGUCUUUAUUCUCCUUAUCAUAAAAAACCUAUCACAAUCAGGAAAUAUCUGUGAAACUUCAUCAGACAGUAAUUACUUGUUAUGAUUUAGCAUGUUAGUUGUUGUGUGUGUCUAUUUGUGUGAGGUAGUGAGUGAAUUUGUUUGUUUGCAGCUAUUUGAGCCGUGCAUGUGGGUCAACUUAAAUACUUACAGAGAUGACUCCAAUCUCCGUAUGUGGGACUUUUCUUUUUUGACAUUUGUCAACCUUCUGUUCAAAUUAAACUUGCACAAUGUGAGCACUAGGGUCAUACCUGUCCAUUGUGCUGUAUGAGUUUAAUGCAAUCAGUACCACUUUUAUACAAUCAGCUUGGAAUUGCACAGUAUACACCCAGCCUAAGGCAAACAAAUAACAUCUGAAAAUAUGGUAAACCAAAAAAAAAAAAAAAGAAAAAAAUGCUAAAGUACCAUCACUAUAGGAUUACACUAAGUCAGUGACCACUGCAACAAAGUUAUCAUUCAAAUUAAGGGAGCAUUGCUAAUCUACAGCAUAUGCACAAUUAAGGAUGAUCAUGAACAAUAUAUUGUUUACAUCGUUUUUAAUGUUUUAUACCUUAUGUCUUUACUAAAUUGCAUAAUUAGAGCAAGAAGACAAUUUUCUGAUGUUUAAAUAUGUGUAUUUGUAUUCGUUUUUUGUUUUUUUUUUUCUUUUUUUUUGGUGACAAGUACAGAGCCAGACCUAUACUUAAAAUGUGAGGCCAAAAUAGUAAUUUGAGAGCUAAAAAAUUGCUCCAACUUGAAAAUAUGAAUAUUCAGGGACUUUGCAGCAGUUUGUUUCACAUACAACAUAUAUUAAUAUCUGCACAGUAAUUUAAGUCUACAACUUGCAGCUGUUACUUGGCAUGACUACUUAAAAAAGCGCACAGCUGACAUUAGCCAACCUUGGCCUGAAAAAGUAGGAAGAACAUAGUCUACAUUUUCUAAGUUUAGUCUCACCAAAGAUCCCCUGAAAUCUGAGUAAAAUACGACUACAUUCAUCAGAAAACCUCAGUCUUACAACACUUUGUUGUUUAGAUAAAUUUUCAAGACUAUAAACAGAGCUACUUUUAUUAUGACUGUUAGCAUUACAAUAAGCUAAAUUAUUUGUUUUUUACUGCAUCAGACACUGACAAAAUCUACAGUACUUAUUACAGCGUGUAUUACUGCCCAUGUUAUAGUUAGCAGUUAGCAUACACAAGCAUUAUUAGCUUGAAUCUUCCCUCAUGUUUUGAAAGAUUUGUAAGCAAAGCUCAACAGAGAUUCUCUUGAUAAAGCUAAAGCUAAAUAGUUUAAAAUAGACGUUCAACCGUUCAAAGAUUAGCUAAAUGAAUGAUGAGCUUUUUCCAACCGAUAAAGAACACCAUAUAAAGUAGCAGAUGUACUGUUAGCAUGCUAGCGCGCUAGCUAACGUAAGGAUCUUCUCGCUAGCUAAUGUUCUAUUACCAAUAGCAGCGGCAAAUAAUUUCAACAUACAAUACAAGGUACAUUAAUCUAAUAGUGAGUGAAAAAGCUAUCAAAUUCAGAUUACAAUUGGCUAACAUCUGUUUAAAACUUGCUGUUUAAAAAUGAAUAAAAGUAAUCAGAGGCAGUAAAGCGACGUUCCUGUUUGUGCAAAAUAGCAGUGUGUGAUUUAAGACAAUACUUACCUGAGUGAGUAAGUGCUCUGUAUUUAAGUGUAAUGUGUUGCGUUAUACCAACAGAAGUGUGUAAUUUGAGACACACUGCCUAUAAUACACAGAAAUGUAUUGUGGGUAUUACUUUUUCUUGAUUAAGAUGUGUCCAAGAUGGUGAAUAUUUAUUACAAAAUAUACCAGUUUACUUCAUCUGAACUUGGAAUUGCACAAUAGCUGUUGACAGCUAGCAUGCAGGAUCUGUUAGCCUUGACCAGAAGUUAAUAUUGAUGCUACAUGUGGAAGUGUUGACAGUGGUCAUCAACAGUAUUUCCAGCUUCUUGCAUUCAUUUGAGUUUUUUGUGUAAAACUAUUUAGCUACAGCUUCAACAAGAGAAUAACUGCUAAGCUUUGUGUCCAAAUUACAUGUGCUAACUUCUUAUGGCAUUCAUAGCAAUACACAUUGUAACUUAUCACUUAUUAACCAAAGAUUAAUAGAUUUCUGAAGUUUCUGAUUUAGUUACAAAUUAUUUAGCUCUGUUUACAGUUUCUAGAUUUUUUUCUGAACAGCAGUGUUGUAAGAUUCAGAUAUUUUGAUGAAAUGUAGUUGUAUUUUACGCAGACUGAAGGGGAUGUUUUCAUAGCCUACAUGCAUCCUAAUUUGCUAAGCUAAGCUAGGCUAAAGCUGCAUUUUGUGUUUUUUACCCAAACACCUGACGGAUAUAGCUGGCACAAUGGUGGGAAAAUAGUGAACAAGCAAGCUUUCCAACAAGCGCAAUUAUUCCUUUACUCUUUAACAACAACAAAUGCCUCAUAUUAACAUUUCUAUUGUGUUUCAUUAAAUGUGAAUCUAAAAAGUACCAAGAUAUGCACACUCACUGUUUUUAAAUA